AUGAUCAUUGUGGGACUUUCAGGAGGUAUAGCCUCGGGUAAAUCGACGGUCUCACGCAUCCUGCGCGAAAACCGGAUCCCGUUGGUUGACUUGGACGAAAUUGCCAGCCUUGUUGUGCAAAAGGAUUCACCUACACUGAAGCGUUUGGCGGCAGACUUUGGACCCAGCAUCCUGAAUGAAGAUGGGUCACUGAAUCGCGGGGAAUUGGGUCGCCUUGCUUUUUCAAGCAAAGAGCGCACCCGUGCGCUCAAUCGCAUCACACAUUCGGCUAUUCGGCGUGUAUUGAUCUGGCGCCUCAUCCGACUUUGGCUUUCCGGAGCAAAGCGUGUUGUUGUGGAUACACCCUUGUUGAUAGAGGUCGGUCUUUACAAGUGGUGUGCAGAAGUCGUGAUUGUAUGGUGGUACGUAACGCCAAUUUGUGUGCAUGCAUGCUAA